AUGCCGGCUGAAUCGAAACGUCGCGAUGUCUUUAAGCCCGCGUUUGCAACGGUUCAAGACACAUCUGCACAAUAUGGGCGGGAUAUAGAAGAUCUGGACAAUCUUCCCGACGAAUUUAUACAAGUCAAUCAGUGCUUCCCAGUUACGGGGGAGACUCUCAGCUAUGCCCGCAAAAACACCGCCUGGGAUGAAUCUUCUACGGGGGUUGUCCAGCCUUUAGCUACUAGUCUCGAAAAGAAGGCAAAAAUGUUGCAAAAAAUAUUCAGUCAAGUUGGCAAGGAGAUGGAGAAUGACUCAAACGAUGGAUCCGUCUUGGACUGCUAUCGCGACACUCUGCUCAAGAUGGGAAAAUCGUACCGUGUCGAGGUCGUCAUGCUCGGCCUCCUACAGGACCUGGACACGUUGUUUACCAGAGACUUGCUCAAAGCUGAAGAUUACAUGAAGUUUGACGAGCUAAAAGAGGCUAUUGACACAAUGUCGCAGGUGGAAUCGUCCGUCUCAGAUGAUGAGUUCAAGACCUCGGGAGCCAACUUCACGCAGAAUGUUGCCUCUGGAGGAACGGGCAAUCAGUCUUACUAUGGUGGUCGGGGGCAUCACGUCUUUAAUGGCAACGGCGCUAUUACUAAUUACCACGCAACAAACAUAAGCUUCGUGUCCCCUUAUCCCGAAGGUCAAAGCGGUCAUGAUUCAUGUCAUGCGGAUGCGAAUAACACCGUAGGAAGUGAUCAGCUACAGCGCCGAUCCGCUAGCCAGGCGCAAGCUGGAGGUCGCCCGCGUAGCCGUGAAGAUUUCCAAAUCGCCAUCAUCUGUGCGCUGCCACUCGAGUACGACGUCGUUUCUUUACUUUUCGACAAGUUCUGGGACGAUGAUGAGUCGUACGGCCGCGCCCGCGGAGACAUGAACUCUUACACAAACGGCCGCAUGGGUCAGUACGACGUUGUGCUGGCACUUCUUCCCAACAUGGGCACAGUUGCUGCGGCUGGAGCAGCAGCAAGCUUUCGGUCUAGUUAUCCAAACUUGCAGCUUGCAUUCUUAGUUGGGAUCUGUGGUGGCGUGCCAAGAAGUGGUGAGAAUGAAAUUCACCUAGGCGAUGUCAUUAUCAGCAAAUCUGCCGUUCAGUAUGACCUGGGCAAGCAAUAUCACAAGGCGUUUGUGAUUAAAGAUACCGUUGAUGACAGCCUCGGUCGGCCGAAUAAGAACAUUCGCAGUUUAGUCGCAAGUUUCGAGACGGAGCAUAUAAGAGACCAGCUACAACAAAAAGCGUGCUUGUAUCUAAAAGAUUUACAGAGUGCAGCCGCAAAGAAGCGACGACCACAGAAUUAUCAGUAUCCUGGGAUAAACAACGACAAGCUUUUCUUUACCGCAUAUCGACACAAGCAUCGAGGCCCACGACCAUGCAUCUUCUGUGACAGUCAGACUGAUUCCUUUUGUGAGCAGGCUGCCAAGGCGUCUUGCAUUGACCUUGGCUGCGACCAGACACAACUAGUGAAGAGAACGGACCUAGAGGUGAGAGGUUUGACUGGAGAACCAGAAAUAUUCGUUGGGCGAAUAGCCUCUGGGAACUCGGUGAUGAAAUCUGGUGAGCACAGAGACAAGAUUGCCGAGGAACAAAAGGUAAUUGCGCUUGAGAUGGAGGGGGCGGGUGUCUGGGAUGAGAUUCCUUGCAUUAUCGUCAAGGGUGUGUGUGAUUACGCCGAUAGCCACAAGAAUGACUUGUGGCAACGGUAUGCUGCUGCUACGGCUGCUUCUGUUAUGAAGGCUGUGCUUGGGCGAUACAUUAUUACAGAUAGAUGA